AUGUCGAGUCAGCAAGGAAAGUGGCGCGAGGAGCAGGUGCUCAUUAUCUGCCCCGGCAGCCACACCACCAUGGCCCAGCUGGGAUGCAGCGAGCUCACACCACCGGCGCAUCGCAUUCCCACCCGUAUGUUCAAGGAUGACGAGACCGAUGAGUACCGACCCUUCCACACCUAUAAGCGCAAGAAGCAAGGCGCGAAUGGUGAUGGAGGCGGCAAUGACUACGAAUAUGUCGAAGACCGCGACUCGACUGAGGGUGCCGUAUACCCCAUUCAGGGUGGUCGCAUCGUGAAUACGCAAGCCUUCCUCGCAUUCUUGGACCACGUGCACAGUUUGCUCACGACGACAUAUCACAACACUCCCAUUAUGCUCAUGGCGUCGCCCCAAUGGACACGACCCGACUGCGAGACAAUUGCGCGGUACAUCUUCGAGAAGACUAAGACUCCCGCUCUAUGUCUGCUGCACAGUGCCGUCGCUGCUCAGUACGGCUUAAAAUGGCCUACCAUGACCGUGGUGGACAUUGGAUUUGAGAAGGUGGAUGUCACUUGCAUACACGACCACAUCAUCGUCAGCCACAAGGACCUGGGUUUCCCGACACCUACGCGAUACAUUUCAGGCGGUGAAGUAUUCACCCAGAAACUGCUAUCGUUGCUGAGGGACAAGAACUUCACAUACGACAUGGCUGAGCAAUUGAAGAAAAGCCCUCUCUGUGAAGUCUUGCCGUAUGCAGCUGACCUGCCGGAACUCAUGGACCUGCCUACGGAAGGUGGAUCUGAUACCGCAGCAGUUGCCGAGGUGCCCAAAGUCAACGAGCCUGCGGUCCCCUUGGGAGUUGAUGACGAAAGUGGCAACAUCGAUGAGAAGGCAGAUAACGACGGUGUCCUCGAUGUGGCCAACAUCGUGACGAGUGGAAACGCGAGAGAGUUUCUUGCCAAGAAAGAAAGGGAGAAGGCGGAAAAGGCCAAGGCCAAGAAGGGCAAAGCUCAAGAAGCUGAGGCUGCUGCGGCGAAGGCUGUCCGCCUGCCCAACUCGAGACGCAAGGUCAACGUCUUUCAUUACGAGGAGCUCGUGCACGAGGAUGUACAGGUCCCCGAAUCGAACGGAGCGCCGAAGCCCGCAGAGGCAACCCUGGCAAACGGAGAGGCACCUGCGCCGGAAAACACUCCCGCAAACGGCGAUGCAGAGGCGGCAGUGCCGGCUAACGGCGACACGAGUAGUAGUGACGCUCUCCCCUUCGCUGCGGAUGCUACUGGCUCCAUCACUCAGCGCAGAACGAAGCGCGUCCGGCGGGAUAUUGAGGUUGGCCUCGAGCGAUUCCUCUUUGCCGACCGCGGUGAGAUUGAUCGCAUCACGGACACCAUCUACCGCGCAAUUCAGAACAUCGAUGAGAUCUACAAGAGAUCAGGCUGCUGGGACAACAUUGUUUUCGUCGGAAACGGCAGCCGGCUGCGAGGUCUCAAGGAGAACAUCAUGCAGACGUUGAACGCUCGACACCUUGUCUCGCCCAGCACUGCCACGAUUUUCACGUCUGAGCUUCCCUCGAACAUGGCCACGCCUACUGGCACAGGUUCUCAAACGCCCACGGGCUCCUUCACCGGUCCGUUGCCGACGACAAGCUCUGUGAAUCCGCUUUUGCAGGCUGCGACCACAGCAUCCCUCGGUGUACCUGGCCAGGUCAAUGCGCCUGGCUCGACAACGGGCGAAGCCGGUCCCAGCCACCACCAGUCUCAUGCGCAGACUCCGACCAGCAUCAAGAUGGCAAGCUUGCCGACGUAUCUGGCAGAGUGGACCAAGAAUGGCUACGAGGAGGCCAUGUUCCUGGGCUCGCUAGUAGCCGCCCGGCUUGCCUACUGCAUUCACAAUCUGGAUGCGUCGACCACCGAGGCCCAACGCCAGAUGAGCCUCAACCGUGUUGACUAUAACGAACUUGGCCCGAAGGGUGUUCGCACGCAUUCCAUGCUUGGUUAA